GCUUUCUUGGACAGGUCACACAUUCAAUCUCGUAAACUUGCGGUUUAUUUCAUGGCCUUCUUUGCAACGCCAAGGUCAUCAGCGCGUCUAGGAUGUCGACGGAGGCUGUUUUUCAGAUCCUUCAGUUCUGAACAUGCGAGAGAUAAUGACAUUGUGAUAGUAGGAGGCGGGCCAGCAGGAUUGGCUUUGGCAGCUGCCCUUGCCUCGAAUCCUACCGCCAAGAAUUCACUCAAGAUUACGCUGAUAGAAGGGGGGGAUUUGUCCAAAGUACAGGAUUGGGGCAUGCCGCCCAGUGCGUACUCAAACCGCGUCAGUUCCAUCACAAAUACGUCUCAGCGUUUCUUGAACAGGAUUGGUGUCUGGGACUAUGUCGAACAUGCACGCACGAACCCUAUUCACCAGAUGCAGGUGUGGGACGGCAUUUCUGGUGCCCGCAUCACCUUUGACGCAUCCGAAAUACCGGAGUCGAGCGAAAUGGCUCGAAUGACAGAAAACCUGAACCUCCAACGCGCACUACUAAGAAAGCUUUCGGAUACCCCGAGUGUUCAGGUAAUCCAAAGCGUCAAAGUCGAAUCGAUACAACGCGAGGCAGGUGAUCGCAACAACUGGCCCCUCGUACAUCUCUCUAAUGGCGCUACCCUACGCGCAAGACUGCUAGUCGGUGCCGACGGGUUCAACUCCCCAGUCAGGUCGUUCGCUGGGAUCUCAUCGUACGGAUGGUCAUAUGACACGCAAGCUGUCGUCGCGACGCUAAAUCACGCGCCGCGAGGACCAUUCCAAGCACCCAACAACACGGCUUAUCAAAGAUUCCUCCCGACAGGUCCGAUUGCAUUUCUGCCGCUCUCCCCUUGCACCUCUUCGCUUGUAUGGUCAACCAAACCUCAUAUAGCAGCAGCGCUGAACAAAUCAUCUCCAGGAGUUCUGGGGCAAUUAAUAAAUGCCGCUUUCCGUCUCCCCGAGUCGUCUUUGCAGUACAUCUACAGACGACUCCUCGAAGGUGCUAAUUCAAACGAGGAGAUCAAGGAAGAAAUCGCGUUCAGGGAACGCUCGGAUGGCAUUUCAGGCCACUCUGCGUACACAUCCGCUACGUCAAUGAUUUCGGAUGGUGGUAUUCCCCCGGAUGAUUCGGAUGCGGUUCCUCCCCUCGUGAUUUCAAUUCAGCAGGGCACGGUAGCAAGUUUUCCGCUUCGCUACAACCAUGCUGAAUCCUAUCUUGGAGAGGGCGCGGGAAGCCGCACGGUAUUAGUCGGGGAUGCUGGACACACUGUCCAUCCGCUAGCAGGACAAGGUCUAAAUAUGGGUCUGGGAGACGUUGACGCUCUAUCGAGAUGCAUCAUACAAGCUCUGAUGCAUGGCGGAGACAUCGGCUCGUAUACAGCUCUGAUGCCCUAUGCACGGGAACGCUAUUUUGAGAACCACAAGGUGAUGUCAGCGAUCGACAAGCUGCACAAGGUCUAUUCUUCUACAGCACAGCCGGUGGUGUGGGCGCGAUCUGUGGGGCUUGAAGUGGUGAACGAGCUUGAUUCAGUGAAAGCCGCAUUGAUGAUAAAUGCUGGAGCGAGCUCUUGGUUGCACAAUGCAAGCGAAUGGACUUCAGGGGCCGCUAGUACCUCGAAAAUGGUCGGUGGGAUGGUCGGCGUAGGAAUACAGGAGUUGGCUAAGAACGCCAGCCAAAGAUUGUUUGGACGCCAUUGAACGCGUCUACAUAGAUAAACUUUGCCUUGUUCUUUCUGCAGAUGAUCAGAGUCAACCCACCUCAUGUUCUCAUUAAUGCUCGAGUCCUGAGCACACUACUGAUCCAUAUCCGACGUGGUAAAAGAAUGAAAUGUCAACUUCACCUCAUUUCAAAAUAGUUCUGAAAAGCUCAUAGGAGCGUUGCAGAAAUAGCAUGGUGUGC